AUGGAUACCCUGGAAGAGGCGCGGACUCAACAAGAAGACCACCAGGAGAGAAGAGAACAAGCCUUGACCGAGCGCCAAAACCUACAGACAAAGAGAAAGGAGCUCCGGCAGAAGCGGCUCAAGACUCGUGACGUCCAGGCCAAUCUUAUGAGUGAGUUUCGCAAGAUAUGCUUGAAUGCUAAAACACUCGACCACGAGACCAUCUUCGAGCUUUACGACGAGGUCGAGAAGGCGCACGAUGAGCUUGGAGUAAACGAGGAAGAUUACGAUGAGGAAGAGCGGCGGUACGAUGUCUUGGAAUAUCAGUGGACAAAGAACGAAGGUGAUAUCCUUGGAGAUCUUAUUGAAGACAUUGAAGAGCUCGACAUAAUCCCGCCCCGUGAGGAUAAAGCCGAACCGGACCCAAAGCCUGCCACCACUCCGGAUUUCUUCUCCACCCAAGAUGCCUUCCCAGAUUCCAAUUCAGGAACCAAUACAACCACUGAGGAAACCCAGCAAGACUUUACAGACUGUAGCUCAAAUGAUUCUCAGUACGGAAUAGCCGAGAUUGCCAGAGGAGACCAAGCCGGCAAUUAUACCGAUCCGGACAUGGAGGAGAUACCCCCAGAGCAUAGGAGCCAGCUUUUGGAUUCCAUGCGGCAAGUUGAUAUUACCAAGGGAGCUGGACUUCCCGAGGGUAGGAGAGCGUCGGAGCCCGUUAGGCCCCAAUCGGACUUUUUACGGCCCCCAGUGACAGCGCGGCGACCGAGAAGUGAGGCUGACCUGGCAGCUGUGGAGCCACGUUGGCAAAGUAUCAGGUCUCAUGUCAGCCACUGGAUACUGGACAGCCUAAAGGGAUCCCUCUUCCAAAAGGCGCUUGCCAAGGCGCAGCUUCCAGGGGAGAGCCUCGAUGAAAAGGCCUGGUGGGGUUUACUCAAAAGCGUUUGGUCCACCGAUGCGGCCAACGAAGGGCCGGAAGCCGAAGAAAUGGAAGACGAAGUGGAAGAGGGAGAAGAAGCGGCUGAGGAUGAAGAGGACGAUUACUUCGAAUCAGACGACCGAGAAUAUGCAUUUCAGCGAGGCAUUCCAGGCGGUGAAUGGAGUUAG